AUGGACGCCACGUUUGAUCUCCCCGACUCGACGGACUGGCUUUCCACCUCGCUCCCCGCAUUUGAAUCUGUCGAAGCCGCGCUGCGGUGCGAAGUGUGCAAGGAAUUCUACGCCAACCCCGUUAUCACGUCGUGUUCGCACACGUUCUGCUCGAUUUGCAUACGUAGAUGCAUUGCGACGGAUGGGAAGUGCCCGAGUUGUAAAGGCGCGUGUUCGAGCGACAAGUUGAGCCCGAAUAUUGCGGUUCGAGAGGUGGUGGGGAGAUUUCAAGAUGUGAGGGGGAGUGCGCUGGAGCUGGCGAGGAGAGAUAAAGAGAGGGCGCAAGACCAAGCAAAUGGGCGGAAGGGAAAGAAGAGGAAGUUGGAGGAUACAGACAUUGAGGAGGAUGAGAUGGAAGGCUGUGGGAAGCAGACGAGGAAUCGACGGACAAGGAGGGGAAAUGCGUCUUUGGAGGUUCCGGAUAGUGAGGAGGAUGGCGACGAGGAUUUUGUACCGGACGGAAUGGCGAAAUGUCCGAUUUGCAGUGAGGCUAUGAAGCCUGAGCAGGUGUAUAACCACCUGGACGUAUGUCCGGGACAGAACGCGUCGCAGGGACGCAGUACGCGGUCGAGGACCAAAACUGCGUUUCCGAACCCCCUCCAAAGACGACAGAAAGAACCCUCCCCUCCGCCAAGCCGUCUAUCCCAACUCAACUACGCCAUGCUAAAGGAAGGCGCGCUGCGCAAGAAACUACAGGAGAUCGGGAUCCCGAACUGGGGCAGUAAAGAUCUGUUAAAACGGCGCCAUAUCGAAUGGCUGAACAUUUACAACUCGAACUGCGACGCCGACGAGGGCGUACGCAAGGGCAAACGGCAGCUAUUAAAAGAAUUAGAAGAGUGGGAACAUACACAGGGAGGGCGAGCGGACAGUAAAGAGAGCAAGAUCAUGAGGAAAGAUUUUGACGGGAGUGGCUACGCGAAAGCGAAUAAAAGCGACUUUGACGACUUGAUUGCGCGGGCAAGGCAGAAGAGGCUGGUGCCUAAAGCGGAGACCGAACAUCAGGAAAACGGUGCUGCACAGCAAGAACCAGAGGGGUUGCGGCGAAACGGGGAUAUGGACGUGGACCACGGUACCGGAUCGCUGCCUCAACCCUCCACGAUACACGAUCCACACUCGCCGCAAAAAUCGCUCGAGAUCGACGAAUCGGCACUCGGGGAUUUGCAACGAGAAGAUCCCCGAACGAACCAGAUGACACUUGAUUCGUUACACUUGGGGCAAGAGGCUCCAAGGUCUGGGAACCAGGAACGGGCCGUCCAUAGUUCUGUGGUCACGCACGCCCUCACGAGCCCAACGAAGAAGAAGCCGAUAUUCUCCCAGCCCGAAGAGCCAGUCAGAGAGAUUGAAAAGCCAACAGUGGUGCAAUAA